AUCUGCGCCUGCGCAGCCCGUACAGCUGCAGCCAAAACAACAGUCUGGACCGUCUGCCCUAUCAUUCCAAGAUGGCGGACCUCCUAGGUUCAAUCUUAAACUCGAUGGAGAAGCCUCCAACUGUCGGCGACCAGGAGAGCCGACGAAAGGCUCGAGAGCAAGCAGCAAGACUCAAAAAGAUGGAGGAAGAGGAGAAAAGAAAGAAAGCAGAGUUCAGGAAAAAGAUGGAGAAAGAGGUGUCGGAUUUCAUCCAAGACAGUUCACAACAGAAACGAAAAUACAACCCUAUGGGGAAGAUUGAAAGGAGUAUAUUGCACGAUGUUGCAGAAGUGGCUGGUCUGACUUCUUUUUCUUUCGGGGAGGAUGAAGAGAGCCGUUAUGUCAUGCUUUUCAAGAAGGAGUUUGCGCCAUCAGAUGAGGAGCUGGAAGCCUAUCGCAAAGGAGAGGAGUGGGAUCCCCAGCUGGCAGAGCAACGACGAAGACUAAAAGAGCAGGCUGCAUUGGAAAUAGCAGCAUCCAGUCAGGCAAAGAAGUCAGAAGCUCCCAACUCCAAUUACAGAGACAAGUACAGUCACCUGAUUGGCACCUCAGCUGCAAAAGAUGCAGCGCAUACGCUAGAGGCCAACAGGUCAUAUGGCUGUGUGCCGGUGGCCAACAAGAGAGACACUCGCUCCAUAGAGGAAGCCAUGAAUGAAAUCAGAGCCAAGAAACGGCAGAAGCGAGAGGACGACACGGGGGCCCACAGCAGCAGUUCUUGAGUCUCCACUGUUUCUGCUUUGUCUACUGUUGUGUGUGUGUGUGUGUGUGUGUGUGUGUGUGUGUGUGUGUGUGUGUGUGUGUGUGUGCGAGCGUGCGUGCGUGCGUGUGUGGGCGCUUUGUUUGAAAACUCUUAAUUCAUUCUGUAAUGCAAUGUCCUUUACUUCAGUGAUUUUAAAAGUUUAACUUAUAUGACAGGCAUGAAUCUAGUAUGUAUGCCACUCUUUGACCAAGUCUGUGCUGAAAUCAUGAAAUCCUGUUAAGCGGAAGAUGCUCAGGUGUGUCUGAUACAUGUUUGUUCAACAUUUGCCUGUCAGUUAGUCUGUCAGUUAUCAAGCUUCUCAAACACAUGAUUGGACCCUAUACAGUAUGAGAAACUUUUUUUGUUUGAAAAAAAGUGUCUCAGUGUUCAGCUACAUAAAAACAUACAGAUUUUUUAAAGGACAAUAUUUUGGCAGUGAUUAACAUCUUUGAUGAAGGUGUGCAUUUGUAGUCCUAAGUGACAUUUUUAUCAUUAAAAAUAUUUAGAGUUUUGAGCUUUGGCUGGGCUGGAUGAAGUCUUGAAAACAAGGCUUUAGACAAAGUAUGGCUGAAUAGUCCUACUGACAGUGUUCCAAAUAUCCAUUGCAGUUUUAGAAGGGAACCAGCAAUGUUCUUCUAUUGACCAGCCUCUGCCCCCCCCCCCCCCCCCACUCUCAACCUGUAACAAAACUUUGUAAAGUUGGAAGCAUGCCAUUUCCUCCAUCGUAAGAGGAAUCCCAUUUUAGAAAAUACUGUUUUGUGGAUUUUAGGAAUCUGUGAUUAAGUCUGAGAUUUUCUUUGUUUCUAUACAUCUGCACUGACUGUGAAUUGAACUGUUUACUCCUAGUUCAGUGCUUAAUUGUUGAGCCACGUGAUGGCUUGCAAUAGGAAUCAAUGUAAGGAGUAGGAGUGCGAGAUCCCUUGUUGGGAUGUCGGUCACUAAGUUUUAUUCUAAGUCUUCUGUUGGUCAUGUCUUCAAGUAAGAGUUUCUUGGCAUCUUGAUGUCUGUUUUAACAUAGUUGCACUGUUUUAUCCCCCCAUGUGUGUUAAUAAAUGGAGAACAGUAUUAGA